AUGGAUUCAUUUUGUUUGCCUACUUUAAUUGAUGAUGAUGAAGAAAAUGAAGAGGAGGAAAUGGGGAAUUUCAUUGGUGCAAUUGAUGGUACACACAUCCAUGCAAAUGUCCCAGCAUCUUCACAAAUUCCUUAUCGUGGAAGGAAAUCAGACACAACACAAAAUGUAAUGGCUAUUUGUUCUUUCGACAUGAAGUUUACAUAUGUGGUGGCAGGUUGGGAAGGCUCCGCGAAUGACUCAAGAGUAUUAUUGGAAACUAUUUUUGAUCCUACAAUGAAUUUUUCGUUGCCACCCGAAGGUAAGUAUUAUCUUGUGGAUUCUGGGUACACCAAUAUGAGGUAUUUCUUAGCACCUUAUCGUGGCGAAAGAUAUCAUUUACACGAAUAUAGGGGGAGACGAAUAAGGGGUCCUCAUGAACUAUUCAACUAUAGGCAUUCGUCACUGAGAAAUGUGAUCAAACGUUGUUUUGGUGUAUUAAAAAUGCGUUGGCCGAUCCUUAAGUUGAUGCCUCCUUACAAACUGAGUGUACAAGCACUCAUCGUUAUUGCUUGUUGCACAUUACAUAAUUUUAUUCGUGACGAAGCCCAUUUAGAUCAUCUUUUUGAUGAAUAUGGGGAUGAGAAUGUCAAUCUUCAAGAAGAAGAAGAAGAAGAAGUGGAGCUAGGUGGUACUUAUCAGAGAGUAAAUGUUAUACAGGAGCUAAUUCAAGAGAUGAGUAAAACCCGUGAUGCAGUUACAAAUGAGUUGUGGAACAACUAUCGUGAUAGAUGA